CGUCUCGGUCUAAUACAACAUGGUUGUGUCCUGAACACGACUCUCAUCCCAAAAAUAUUAUCUCAAUCUUACAGGAAUCUGGGGAAAAAACAAUACAAGGAAAUACAAAUAUGAGUGCUACGGACGAAGAAAAAAUAUUUGAAGUUUUGGUUGGGAUUCAACUGGAUCAGUUCUAUCGGCGAAUUGUUGACAAACUCCAUGUAACUCGGUUUGGUCAUUUUGACCAUGUCACUGAGGAUGACUUAGACGAUCUUGGAAUGUCAAAACCAGAACAGAGAAGGCUCUUCGAAGCUCUUAAAAAAGCAAGAAAGAAACCAUUGUUUUCGAGUUUUCGUCGAAGGAAAAGUAAAAACAAACUGCUGGCCAGUGAGACAGAAGGCAAUCAAACAACAACAUCCCCACUGAACCCCGCUCUGGCUACUCCCRUCCCAGCGGGUUCCUCUUUGACUUGUCUGAUCAAUGAAAAGGCUAUAACUCUAUAUGAUAUGAUUGGUAAUGGUGCAUUUGGAUAUGUCAGAAAGGGAGAGUGGACCACAGAUACCAAGCAAAAGAUUGAGGUAGCUGUAAAAAGUCUAAAGAUGUCGAGGGAUGCAGCCUUCCUACAGAUGCAGAUGGACUUUAUCAAGGAGGCUAAUGCAAUGAGUCUGUUAGACCAUCCACAUAUCAUAAAGCUCUAUGGUGUAGUGCUUUCCACUCCACUAAUGCUGGUUACUGAGUUGGCACCCCUCGGUUGUCUUCUUACCUGCUUACGUAAUAACCAGCCAAAGUUCCUGAUAUCCCAGCUCUGUGAUUUUGUCAUCCAAGUUGCGUCAGGCAUGGCGUAUCUUGAAUCUGAACACUAUAUCCAUAGGGAUUUAGCAGCAAGAAAUCUUUUACUGUCUUCCUAUGAUAAGGUUAAAAUUGGUGACUUUGGCCUUAUGAGACCGUUAUCAAUAGAGGAAGACUAUUACACUAUGAAUCCAAAAGGAAAAGUACCUUUUGCUUGGUGUCCUCCCGAAUCAUUAAAAUUCAGGAAGUUUUCUCACGCGUCAGACGUCUGGUCGUUUGGAAUAACAGUGACCGAAUUGUUCUCAUAUGGAGCAGAACCCUGGCCUGGUUUGAAUGGCAAUCAGAUACUUCAGAAGGUAGAUUUGCCCCAUAGUGAAAGACCCCAGAAGCCCAGCCAUUGUCCUUCCAAGAUUUACAACAUCUUGUUUUCGUACUGUUGGGCGCAUGAUCCAGCCAACAGACCCAAGUUUUCUGCUCUACAAAAUAUCUUUGAAUCUAUUUGCCCACGAGAUGCGAGCGCUCUACGUUGUUAUGACAGCAAAAGCCCGCAAAACUUAUGCUUCGAGGAGGGGGAUUUUAUUACCAUCAUAGAGUCAAGCUCUGACUCGUCCUGGUGGCGAGGUCAAAACAAGAGAACAGGAAGAGUUGGCAUGUUUCCAUGUGAGCUCAUCGAAGGUGGAAAAGGUUCAGGUUCAUCUUCGCCCAAUGUUGCUCGAGAUCAAGUUGUCUCACCUAGCAGAAAAGCUGCUCUUUCACCAAACAGCUCAGCAGCCAGGAAGAAACAGUGUGAUUGUGGAGAGAAGCACGUGUAUGACUUUGCCGUACUCUUGAAUUCCCCCACUCCCACCUCACCCGAUGGCACAAGGGGGUCCUUGCGUUCAUUCGAGAGCGAACUUAUCUUCAAUGCUGAAAAUGACAGUGGUUAUUCAUCAAGUGCUGAUCGCUUUCGGCGCUCAAACAGCGAUUGCAGCCAAGACCUUCGAAAAGAGAUGACUUCUUCCUACGAAAAUCGCGAUCCCUUGAAUUACGAGUUUAUGGGACAUAUUAAUUCAUUGUCUCAUGCUUCUAGACCUGUUCCGAUUCCAGACAAGGGGCAUGGGAGCCCACAUGGAGUCAUGUCUGAUCCUGUUUCUAUCCCUGCUAAAUCAACCAACAGGGAUCGGUUGUCGGACCCAAAUCCAACGCUCAAAUCUGGCUUCUCUAAAGGACGAAUCUCUGAUCCUGAACCAGAGAGAAAACCCGGUCCUUUUACUCUUAAACGACGUGUGAGUGCCAAAAAGUUAAAUUCCUUUUCGAUUCCAACCAAAAAUACUGAAAGUUCACAAUGUCCCAUGGACCUUACGGCUUCUGUGAAAUCCCCGAAAAGAAAUUCAGAAAUUGAAUCUCCACCUCCCCUCCCCCCAAAGAAAGGACCUUCAAGGCCUAAUUCACGAAGCAGCAACAGUUCGGGGUCCCCGCAGAAGAGUCCAGUGCUUUUACCGAGAUCGGAUUCUUGUACAAAAUCCAGCACUGAAGAAACGUUUGCUAACGAAGUGAUGACGUUUAUCAGGAGUGUUUCUUCGGAUGGUUUUGAAUAUGAGGCGUUGAAGAAGGCGCAACGAGCUGCACGCAAUCUGAGCCCUUCCAAGAAUAUCCCCGAUGAUGAUGCUAGCGUGACGCUGCGAUCAACGUCUGGUGGAACUCGUGCACGGUCUCAAACGGAGGUAUUAAGCCCUUCGAAAAAGAGUCCAGUUGUCGAUAUUGGAGUUCCAGGGCGUCGGUCGARCUCUGUUGGAGGAAAAACACUACAUGAUCGUUCCAAAACAGAAGUACAUGAGAACCAAGAAAGCGUUCCUCGUUGCAAAAGCAUUGGAAGCAAGAGUCUUGAUUAUGAAAAUCAUGUCGUGGCUGCUAGACGAGACUUAUYUUUUCAAAAUUACGAUAAUUCUAAGCUUAAGUCUGUUCCCUCAAAGGAAGAAAAACCACAAAGCAGUUCUUUCUAUGAAAAUCAUGCUAUAUCGUCAACUUUAUUCGGAAAACAAGAAAGUUCGGAUGGUAAUGGCAGAGAGAGUUUGAUAAAACUUGAACAAAGCAUGGCAAAUUAUGAUAACCAUAAAUUAGUGAAAGAUACCUCAAGAAUUAAUCGUGUAAGCUACGAGAAUUAUACUCCAAAGUCUAUGCCACAGAAUUACGAAAAAAUGGUUCUAAGAAAAUCCUUUAUUGAGACGGAAAACGUGAUGGAAAACCUAAAGACAGACAAGGAAGUAAGCAUACGGGAUGGUAGUGGAAAUUAUGAGAAUCAUUCAAUAGGUUCAAAGAAAUAUCUGCCAUGCUAUGAGAAUUUUGUUUUAGUCGAACAUACUGAUAUUCCAGAAGAUAUUUCUCGGGAUUCGGCAAAUGAGUGUCCCAGUUACGAAAAUCAUGGGUUUAGUGAGUUGGAAGCAGUUGGUAAAGAAGCACUCACAACGGAAGAAAACCAAACUGAAAUUCCAGAAACUUUAAAUGGGAAAUAUAAUACGGACGUUUUUUCAAAGUCUCUUCCAACAUGCUGCGACUGGAAGCUAGUGAAAGAGAAUGUGAAUGAAGAUGGUUCUUUGUCAGUAAUGGUGGAAGUGGUCGGGACAUCAAACCUACGGAAGGCAAGUAGCGAUGGUAAUGUCAGUGAAUCGAAACAGAUCAAAAAAGUAGGUUCUAGGCCAGAGAGGGAUGAUACAUCUGGGCCAAUUCCCCCGCCYCGGUGGAAGAAGAGAGCUAAGGAAGCAAAGAAGCAGCGGACGCGAUGGUCGUUGACGGUAGGUGGUGAAUUGGCGAACGUUUUAUCGAAUUAUUUUCAUCAGCAUGACAAGAUUUUAAAAGACAGUAAGGAAUCAAUGCCACAAGAAGUGUGUAACAAAGAUGUUGAUAGAAUCGAUAAUUCGAUCCUACCUCCUCGAAAAGAAUCCUUAAAUUCAUUCACAGAAGAGGCUUGUAGUAAUGUCUCGGAAAGAACGUCAAAGGAAAUUUCUUCGCAAAUUACUUCACACGAAAUGUUGUUGUCCUCACAAGAAAAUGCGAUGGAUAGGACCGUCUCACCAACCUUAUCAGAACAAAAGCUACCAACACCAGAAAAAGUAUUGAAUGACAUUGUUUUGGAAAGCCAUGGAGGUGACUCCUUGGCAACCAAGGAAGAAACAUCAUCGUCCAACGUUAGCUUACAUUCCAACUCAUCACGAGAGACACCUUCACAUGCCCUAGAAAAGUUAACAAAUGGCUUAGAAAAUGUUAAAUUGGAUGACAAAAGUGAAGAGAAGCCUAAAAGACCUAACGUACUAUCUUUUGAAAAUAAACUUGUCGGAUUCGCAGAGAUGUUUCAUCCUCAGACAAAUGCAGAUGAGCCAGAGGCUGUAGCUGUUCCAACUCUUCCUCCGAAGGAAAAGUCACCUGUAAGUUCACCUGAUAGACGAAACAGCUCGAAAACCUCUCAAUAUCCAAGGUUAUCCCGCGAUUCUUCUAAUGCAAAGCUAUCAUUUGAAGAAGAUCAUAAGAGAUAUAGGCCUUGUCCAACUAAUGGUGGAAAUGACUGCACAUAUGAUAUCCCACGUAAGGAUGCAAGUGAAGAUGUACCUCCUCCAUUGCCUAGAAAAGUAUCCAAAACAAUAACUUCACCUGAUGUACCACCAAGACCGGAUCUUGCAUGUUCGUCAUGAUUUUAAACGAUUUUAAAAUUGCUGCAAGUAUGCUAUUUAUGCUCUGCAGUAUCAGGAAAGGUCGUCCUGUGCCACUGUAUACCAGGUGGUGAAUUCUUGGGCAGGCUCUUGCUGUUGGGAUUUGUGCAGGAUUAAAAUUUAUCCAGAAAGAUUGGUUGGUCAGUCGUUCAAUCCAAGCACAAAUGGGAUUAUGAAGUAUGAGCAAUGAGAUAUGAAUAGUAAGAAAGUAAGAAUAAUAAAGUUGAGCAGUGACACCCAAUGAAAUAACUUCUCAUGAACACCUCUCAGGCAAGAGGAAAAGUAACAUGAUUCUUAAAGUGCAGGUCUACUCUUACAGGGUUGGGAGUGAUGUUAAUAGAGUGCCCGCGCAUGCUGUGCUGUCGUAAAGCAUGCGCUCCCAACCAAUCAGAACGCGAGAAUUCUUUUAUAAAGAUGUAUAUAAUAGACAUAGGAACACCAUAAUCUUUAUGAUUCAGAUUGGAUGUUAUGACUUUAGUGUACAGUAUAGAAAAUGAUUGGUUCUUGUUUUGUGACAUUUUAAAAUGUUGAUGCAUAGAAAGUCAAUUUGAUGCAUUCUGGACUAGCAUGCAAUAAAACAAUUAUUGUACAGUUUAUCACUAAUAAUAUGUCUCUUUAGGAUAUCAUAACAAUAAUUAGCGCUGGAAGCUUAUUUUUAGAUCAUUUUAUUUCAAGUUGCUUUAUUGCUCCUUUUUAGGUCAUGUUAUCAAUUUUAGGUCAACUUCUUUAUUAAUAGAUAUUAUUUUAUUAUUAAUAUUAUGUUGGCUAUUAAUUUAUCAUAAGUAAACUUUAGGUUUCUACAGAUUAAUUUAAACAUAUUCUUUUUAAUGGUUUUAGAAUUUAGAAUUUGUUUACAAAAUUAUUAAAUUAUUUGUUUUGCAUAUUAUGGAUUAAUUAUUAGAAUUGCGAAGACUAACAAAACUCUUAAAGUUAAGAUCCGAGUCCAACAUAAAUUAAUAGGAGAAUUUGUAUAACUGCCAAAUUUUCUUAUUAAGUAUUAAUAAGUACAUUAAUAGGAGAAUAUAAUGUGUUUGAUUGAUCACUUUCCAUAUGGCAGUACACUGCAACGCAAUUAAGACUGCAAGGUACAAACUUAACAAUGCCGUAAACCACCUUGGAGCCCAAAUAGAGCGUUUUCAAUAACCCACUUCCGAUAUAUGCUUCGCUUGUCACGCACAAAGGUACGUGCUAAAUGCUCAGUCAUUCGUGACAGAGGGUAAGAAUUAAUUUAAUUUAGCACACGUAGCCUCAUACUGAAACCUUUGUGCGUGACAAGCAAAGCAUAUCUCGGAAGUGGGCUAUUGACUUCACAGCCGCCAUUGUUGGUGUACCUCUGACAAUAACUUUGUUAUUAGUUUAUUUUGUUAGGUACACCAAUAUGGCUGCUGUCUCUAUUGUCAACUUUCUAGGGAAUGAGUGAAAAUUCUCUAUUAAACUGCUUUGGGUUUGAUUCAUGGAAAGUGGCCAAUGUAUACACAGAUAGUGUCAUGAGAAUUAUGUAUACAUAUAUAUAAGUUUGCAUGAUGAUAUUGUGUAGAAAUAAAAUACAAAAAUGACAAAUCACAGUGAUUGAUGAGAGUAGAAGAUGAUCUUCCCCAAUGAUCAUGAGUAGGUUUAGACUAAUAGUAUUUUGUAUAUAAAUGAGUGUUCCAUUAAGUGGGCUGUUAAAAUGAAUAAUAAAAUAAAAUAAUGAAAACAAAAA